ACCUCGCGUGGCCAACGGCUCAGCUCGGAACGGAACCCCGGAUCACUGAACCGCUGCCCGAGCCUCAGAGCCUCGAUCCCCCCACUCCGAGGAGCGAAACCCGGGUCCGACGAGCUCAGACAACCGCCCGCGAUCCGCCACACUCUCCCCCCGGGCCUGCUGUGCAUCUGAUCGCGGCGGUGGGGCGUGCUUUGCCGGGGGCUCGCUGGCUGGGUUUGGUCGGGGAGGCAGCAGGGGGAAGCACGGAGCUGGUCCCGCAUGAUGAUGGAGCUGGAGUCGGCCAGUAGCCGAGGCGAGCCGGGGGCAGCGGGGGACUCGCUACAGCCGCCGACCCCGAGCCGGCACGAGAAGAGCCUGGGUCUGCUCACCACCAAGUUCGUGACGCUGCUCCAGGAGGCGAAGGACGGGGUGCUGGACCUGAAGGCGGCUGCAGACACCCUGGCAGUACGGCAGAAACGACGCAUUUACGAUAUCACUAAUGUGCUGGAGGGGAUAGGACUCAUAGAGAAGAAGUCCAAGAACAGCAUCCAAUGGAAGGGUGUGGGUCCGGGCUGUAACACCAGGGAGAUCGCCGAUAAGCUGAUUGAUCUGAAGGCAGAGUUGGACGAUCUGGCUCUCAGGGAAAACGAGCUGGACCAGCAGAGAGUCUGGGUCCAGCAGAGCAUCAAGAACGUCACAGAUGACUCCAACAAUAGUCCUAUGGCAUAUAUCAAACAUGAAGACCUCUGUGGAUCCUUUAAAGGCGACACACUUCUAGCGAUUCGUGCUCCCAUCGGCACACAACUAGAAGUGCCCAUACCAGAAGCUGUCCUCAAUGGGCAGAGGAAAUACCAGAUCCGUCUCAAGAGUUCAUCUGGUCCUAUCGAGGUUUUGCUGGUCAAUAAGGACCCGUCAAGUGCCUCUCCUGUUGUUCUGCCUGUCCCUCCUCCAGAUGACAUCCUUCAGAGCCUCCCAGCACCAGCACCUACCUCCCAGUCGGCCACUGCUGCCUCCCAGGUCCCUAAAUCAGCUACAGUCCCUUAUACAAAACCAGGUCUUGCCACAGACUCAGUGACAGAAGUGACGAGCACGACGCCACUCAGCCCGACAACAGGUCCGGUCACUCAGCAGCUUCAGUCGUCUGCCUCGUUGGAUGGAUCUGCAUCCUCCUCUGUCUCUGCAGGGUUUGAACCAAUAAAGUCGGAUCCAUCUGAAUUAAUGGAUUUCCCCAAAGACCUCUCAGAAAUGUUUGAUCCAACAAGAGAGAUCCUGAGCGGAGAUUUACUGGAUGACUUGAUGUCAUCAGAGGUGUUCUCGCCGCUCCUCCGUCUGUCGCCUCCGCCCAGCGACCACGACUACAUAUACAACCUGGACGAGACAGAAGGCCUGUGCGACCUCUUCGACGUGCCCAUUCUCAACCUCUGACCCCUGAGAUUGCUGUCAGAGUGGGCAACCGUUGCCCUUACAUGCUGAUCUACCUUCAAUCCCCCCCUCACUGACAUUGAAGGUAAGAGGCGGUGCAGGGAAGCCAACGAGAUCUGAUGAGCCUUCAAGGACACGUCUGUGCUGCAGGGUGAGCUCGAGCUGAGCUUCAUCAGACAGGAGCUCGAUGUACAGCCUCAUGAAGAAAUACAGAUGAGAACAAAACGUUUUAUUCACUGCUUUUUCCAAGGAAACAGAGUCACAACAAAUGACAAAUAAUUAUAUUUUUGGAUUCUUGUGUAUUAUAAAUCCUAAUGUUUGUUUAUUAGCUUUCUCGUGAGCGAAUGUGUGUAAGCUUCCUUUACAUGCGGUUGGUUGUGAGUCUGUGUGCCUGCUUGUUGUUUUGUACUGAGUCAAACAUUUCCAGGUAAAAAAACAAAAAAAAAGAGAGAACCUAUCGGAGCAUUGCCUUUAUCACCUGGCAGCUGCUCUCACGUGGCUGAAACGAGUCUAAACACAGCUGGUGAAAUAUGCACUGUCCUCAUGUACAUAGAGAAUAUAUAUUUUGUAAAACCAGCACACAAGAUUAUUGUAAUAUUAUGAAUGACACAGGCAGAGCGACAGGUGCCAGACGCAGAAGAUCAUACUGUACGUAAGAAGUGCUUUGUUUUAAAUGGUGCUGGUCUUUGGCCCUGUUCAAAUCUGGUCUUAGAAACUGUCCCAACAAAUCUGUCUGUGUGUUGGUGGCGAGCAGCAGAAGUCAAAUUUCACCAAAGUUGAACUCCACGUUUUAAUCCCCACCUCGGUCGCACAUAUUGAUAUAUUGGCAUAUAUGUGACCCGGCCCUUAGGAGAGACUGGAUGAAUGAAUGUCUGCAGCUAUGUAGAAAGAUUUGACCCAUUCAAGAAAUUUUGUGGUGAUCAGUGUUGAAGAUGUGGAGGUGGAUACAAGCAAAUCCCAUCUUAGCAUUCAGAAGCAUAAAAAUAACUCGUUAUGAAGCUGUGGCAGGUCAGAGGCAGCAGGGAGGCUGUCCCUCAUAUGUGGCACAGGACACAUCGGAAUUCAAGCAUUAAAAGAAUGUGGCCAACCUCCGAGUGUUAGUUUGAGUGAUCGGAUCUGGAGACACCUCACUCAGGACUGAUGGUAACACUGGCCUGUCUGGGCGGGGCUUUGAUUACCAGUGACAAAGUGCAAAGAAGGAGAAUCUUUGAUACUAUUGAAGCCAAUUAUCUUUAUAACGUAACAAGCCACGGACCAAAAAUAAAUUGCAGGGCUUGGGGGCGGGGGGGUUGGGGUUUAAAAUAUUACCAUUUUUCCAUUCAAACAUUUUUUUUAAGGUCAUCAAGAUCUCGUUAUGACUUUAUGAUCAUGUUCUUUAACUGGUCCGAUAUCGGCCCUUCUACACAUAGAGGUUGAUUAUGAAAAAUAUAAAAGUUAGCAUGCUGUCAGUUUCAUUUUGCAUCAGCACUGUUACUAUCAAACCCUUUCAGAUUUUUCAUUGGCUCAGAUUUAUAUGUAACUGGUGUUCGUCACAGGACUACACACAUUUUUUUCUUCCCCUUUCCCAAAGGCGUUUUGUGGCGUUUGUCUUUCAACUAUAAUGUAUGUAUAUGUUUACCAUUGUACUCAGUUCGUCUGUAUGUAAAAUGACAUGUAUGUAUUUUUACUGAGUCAUUAAAAACGAUCCAGUUCUUUUGUAUAUUUGGCACAACUCCCUCUCUCAAGGGUUUUCUUUUUUUCCCAUUGUGUGCUGUUUCAUGCUUAUUGCUUUAAAUCUCUUUGUUUCUAUUCGCUCUGUGCAGAGGACUGCUGAGGAGUUCUAACGAGUCAAACUAUACAAUAUCCAGAUAAUUAUUCUUUGUACGGUGCUUUCUCCUGUCAAAUCCCUUUGUGUAAUAAUAUCCUAUUUUUUGCUCCAGGAUGACGUGUGUGUAUGUACAGUAUGUACUGUGUAUAUCCUUCUCUACUGCUUGUAUAGAAUAGCGUUUAUUUUUUAUACCUGCUAGAUAUAUUAUCGUUGCUACUAAUUGGGGGCUACACCUAAAAAGUUGUAAGGGAUUUAUCUACAAGAAAUCUGCUUCACGGAGGCCUCCUGUCUCAUCGUUGCACUUUACAUCACUGUGGAUCGACUGGUUGCAGCUCAUCCUCCCAGCAGCCGGUCAGCGUGUGCGGGCAGUGCUGUGAGCAGCCGGGGAGUUCAGCAGUCCUGGGUGGGAUGGAUUAGGUCCCUGUUGUGGCACAUGAGACUCAAACCUACGGACUGUUCUUUUUUUAAACAGGCUCACUAUUGUUAAGAUGUAAUUGCAUCAAAUGAUACAGAAUAAACUCUUUGGUAAUCUUUA